AUGGCUGUGGACACUGGCUAUUUGACCACUCAGGUCAACAACAUCGUCGAACAGCUUCAUGAUAUCUUCGAUCAGAUUGGAGUGCCGGCGCAUGAACGAGAGACCCGCGAAGCCGAUCUUUUCAGUUCUUUAUCAGAAACUCUAACAAACCACCUCAAGCUGGUGGACCAAGAAAAGGAUGAUUUGACCGAAGAGGCUCAAAAACUCAUUGUGACGAUUCAGCAGAUGGAGGCGUCACUGAGCGAUGAAAGGGCCAAUGGCCAGUAUGAGCUCAACCGGGACGACCUUCGUAUUACCUAUCCCCUCAACCGCUGCAUCGCAUUCUUGCGUGAGAAGAGCGCAGCAAUGAGCAAGCUGCACCGCGAAAGAUUCGAGCAGGUAAAGAAGCUUGUCGAUGCGCUGGAAUCUUACUCGUCUCACCUGGAGGACUCAUUUCUCACCAUUGAACUCCCUCCCACCUCCCCAGGCUCCACCAUCCCGCCUAGCUUCGAUCUUUCUCCUAACUACGUGGCAUCGUUAGAUGCCGAGUUCACCCGUGUUUACGAAGAGUACUAUCGCCGCGUUUCUUUCGUUCAGACCACAUCUGAGGAAAUCAUCAAGAUGUGGGCCGAGCUGGGAACCCCUCAAGUCCAGACCGACUCCAACAUCGUCAAGCACUACCGCGAAUCUCCAGAGCAACUUGGACUGCAUGAGACCGACCUUGCCAAUCUGAUGGGCAAGCGGGAUAAGUUACUGGAGGAGAAGAAGGGCCGCGAGAGAAAGAUCAAGGAACUCCGAACUGCGGUCGAGACACUUUGGGAGCGAUUUGGAGUUGAAGAAGCGGAUCGCAAGGCAUUCUUGUCGACCAACCGCGGAUGUGGACUGCGCACUAUCAAUGAAUUUGAAGAGGAGUUGAGCCGACUCAACGAAUUGAAGAGGCAAAAUAUGCAUCUGUUCGUUGAGGAUGCCCGUUGCCGUCUCCAAGAACUGUGGGAUGCACUAUUUUUCUCUGAGGAGGAGAUGCUUGAUUUCACUCCUGCUUUCUCAGAUGUGUUCAGUGAUGCUCUUCUGGAGGCUCACGAGGCUGAGAUCUCCCGUUUGGAGACCCUGAAGGAACAACGCGCGCCUACCCUGGAAUUGAUUGAGAAGCACCGAGGUCUGCUGGCGGACCGUGAGGCUCUGUCUUCGUCUGCUCAGGAUGCAUCUCGUCUCAUGGCUCGCGGUAAUAAGGGAGAGCGCCGCGACCCAGGCAAGCUUUUGCGAGAGGAGAAGAUGCGUAAACGUAUUGCGAAGGAAUUGCCCAAGGUUGAAGCAGAACUUCGAAAGGAGCUUGAGCACUGGGAGGACGAGUUCGGCCGACCUUUCCUGGUCCACGGUGACCGUUACCUUGACAGCUUGACUCCUGCUGUCACGAAGCCUCCGCCUCGAUCAAAGACACCUUCUGCGCCCCCUUCAGCUGGCAAGGGAAGCAUCAGACAACAACCGCCCUCACGCCCAGGCAGCUCCAUGCGUGGGCCCCCUCCUCCUCGUUCUGCCACUAAAACACCUACUGGAGGUGGCCCGGUUAAGCACAACACUAUUGGCUACGGUGGAUCUAGAUCAGGAGCGAAGUCCCCAUCCAAGCUUCCUGCUCGGGCUCCCUUGAGUAACAUGCCGCAUGGCAGCAACUCCCCUGACCAUGCCCCUCCUCGUGGACCUCCACCUCGCAUGCGCGCAUUGACUGUGGAGUCGAAGGAACGUAACAGCCAUAUUAUGGAGCCGCCUCGUUGCAAUAGUGCUAUGUCUAGCGCAUUUGUUCGGCCUGUUAGCCCCGAGGAUGUCUACGAUGACCCGCUCUAUUAUGGGUGUCUCGCACUCUUCCCACUCAUCGGUUUCGUCAUUGUCCUUGAACUCCUCGCAGCAGGGAUACCCACGGACCAACCCAUACUUGCAACACGCUCCUCCCCACCUGCUCUUCGUCAGGCCUCCAACUCAUCUACUGUCAACACUGCCACUUCCGGUUCCGAGAAUUGGGAAACCUUCGAUGAUGGAUCAGGCUCAGAAGCGGAGCCCGCUGAUGUUUACUACUCCAAGAUCCGUGCCGCCCCCGGAAAGCGAUUUGCCCCUGAUGACAGCAUGAGCCUAAUGGGCAAGAAGAGCAAGGGCAUUCGAAGUGUCAGCCCGGAUGGGCCUCACCCAGGCCAAGUCCUCCGUGUCGCUGGUAGUGACACCGAAUGGACCGAUGAUUUCGAGACCUACUAG